AUGGCACAAGGUUUCAAACAUGUUGCUGCUGCUGAUCACACACUCUUCAUCAAGUCCAAUUCUACCUCUUUAACAGCUUUAUUGGUGUAUGUUGAUGACAUAAUCUUAGAUGGCACUUCUCUAAGUGUCUUUGAAGCCUUGAAACAAGCUUUGCAUCGUGCUUUUCGCAUCAAGGAUCUGGGAAAAUUUGAAAAACAAUUAGGGCUCGAGGUUGCUAGAUCUUCUAAAGAUGUUGGUCUCACUCGAUGUAAGCUAUCCUCCACUCCCUUGGAUGCAUCCAUUCGUGUUCAUCAAGACAAUGGCAAUUUAUUCUCCGAUGUCACUGCGUAUCGGAAACUUGUUGGAAGAUUUAUAUAUCUCACCACAACUCGCCCUGACAUUGCAUUUGCCAUGCAACAACUCAGUCAAUUCAUGAGUGCUCCCACUGAAGCACAUUAUCGAGAUUCCUUGCGUGUCCUAAGACACCUUAAAUGGUCUCCUCCACGUGGUAUUCUUCUAUCCUCUUCAUCUGCCUUACAAAUCCUGGGAUUCAGUGAUGCUGAUUGGGGUGGCUGCAUUGAAACCAGACGAUCAAUUUCAGGAUAUUGUUUUUUCAUUGGAGACUCAUUACUAUCUUGGAAAUCCAAGAAACAGCCUAUUGUUAGUUGCUCCUCCACAGAAGCUGAAUAUCGAGCCUUAGCAUAUGCGACUCGUGAACUUCAAUGGAUGUGUUUCCUGUUGCAUGAUUAUCACCAACAUUCAUCUCGUCUUCCCGUCUUGUACUGCGAUAAUCAAAGUUCCAUACAAAUUUCCACCAAUACGGUGUUUCAUGAAAGGACGAAACAUAUCGAUAUUGAUUGUCAUUUAGUUUGA